GGCUCAUUCAAUAUCCGACUACUCCGUACUCUCCCCAAGCAAGUCGAGAGUCGGUGCGCUGCGGUCGUGUUGCCCGGCCGUCUUGCGGAGAUGCCUACAGUGUGAACUGCCUUUGUUACGGAAUGGUCGGUAUCGUGACUGCCUACACGCUGGACACGAAUACCCUCAGGGCCCUUCAGGGACUCCAGGGUCUGUUGCCCCUCCGUCCCUGGAUGCCAUCACGCAAGCCAGCCGGCGCCAUAAGGACCCUGAAUAGCCCCCAAAUCGAGAAACACCUGAAACGAAUUCCGCGGUCGGAUGGCGGCUGCAGGAACAACCUCAUGGCGAGCAGCGACUACAACAACAUACUCCGGAGUAGGCCGAGUGUUAUCUCACUGUGUCUUACCAGUACGAAACAGGCCAUUGGAAUUGAAUUGACUUGGUCGCGCCCACUGACCAUAACCAAGCCCACAGUAAUGUCAAUCGCCACCCACCAAAGGUUGGCCCGUGAGAGAAAAGAGACACCAAUUUCAAUGGUCGAAAACUCAGUUUAUCCACCGUCCUGUGUGACCGACGUUGGUCUGGAUCACUUGAUUCUCGAGCCCGUGCUUGCCGAGAGUCUACAGAGUACUGAGGCCAGUAAAUAAACAACGUUCCCUUGGGUGGUUGCGCACUGGAUGAGACGGAACCAGAGUUGCUCAACUAUGGAACAACGCUCGGAACCGCGAGCCUUUUUUCGGUCACUUGAGAAUGACAGGAUUGGGAAAUCUGCCAAGUUACCUCCCCCCUAAGUCUAACACUAGACCAUUUCAUGAAUAGCAUGCUACCGUACACUCCUUUUUUUCUGGACUUGGGAGCCUCCAAAUUUAGAGUGUUGCCUA